AUGCAAACGCAGGUAACCAACGCUGUCAAGAGCGUGCAGCUCGACCCGUCACCGCUCGUUUUUGUCGAUUGGAUAUCAAAUCUACCAAUUUUAUUCAACUUUGCAGGCAGAAUACAUGAGCUGAUUAGAUCUCUACCUUAUUGGUCAAUUCUUCAAUCACAGUACUCCAAAGAGAAAGCUUUAUCACAAAGUAAUUGCUCUUCACAAUCUGAUGAUAAAAUCAUCAUCACUACUCAGCAAAAUUGCUCAAUGAGCAGAGAGGAAGUGAGAUUUGUGAUGGAAAAAUUAGAGCUUUUUUGGAGGGAAGAAAAUGAUGAUGAUGAUGAUGAUGAUGAUGAUGAAGAAAUUGGGGAAAGUGAUGAAAUUAUAAGAGGUAUGUUUGAAGAGAAUGAACCAAGUUUGGAAGAAUUGAAGCAAACAUUUAAUGUGUUUGAUAGAAACAAAGAUGGUUUCAUUGAUGAACAUGAAUUGUUCAUAGUUCUGAGCCUGCUUGAAUCUAAUAAAGGCAUUUUCAUCCAUGAUUGCAAAACAAUGAUAGCCAGAUUUGAUCUCAAUAAUGAUGGUAAAAUUGAUUUCCAUGAAUUUGUUAAGUUUAUGGAAGUUGCUUUGUGUUAG